AUGUCUACUGUCGAUAAAAGUAAAGUCGUUGGCAUUAUUGGCCUGGGUGCCAUGGGCAAAAUGUAUGCCAGACGAUUUUCUCAAGCUGGCUGGGCUGUUUGUGCUUCGGACCUACCUGCCAACUACGAAACGUUCAAGAAGGAGUUCGAGGAUACUGCGAUCGAAAUCCUGUUAGAUGGUCAUCAGGUGUCGCGCAAGGCAGAUUUCAUUAUUUACAGCGUGGAAGCUUCGAAUAUAGACAAAGUUGUUGAAAUGUAUGGCCCGUCUUCCAAGAUCGGUGCAAUUGUCGGUGGGCAGACAUCUUGUAAGUUGCCUGAAAUCAAUGCCUUUGAAAAGUCUCUCCCACCCGAUGUCGAAAUCAUCACUGUACACUCUAUGCACGGCCCUCAAGUUGAUCCCCGUGGUCAACCUUUGGUUAUUAUUCAACACCGAGCGAAAGACAAGUCUCGGGAAUUUGUCGAGAAUGUUAUGGGAUGCCUGAAUUCUAGAAUCGUGCAUUUGACUGCUGAUGAGCACGACUCUAUCACUGCAGAUACGCAAGCAGUCACGCACAUGGCAUUUUUAUCUAUGGGCACUGCCUGGAAGGCCAACAAGCAGUAUCCGUGGGCACAUGCUCGAUUGGCUGGAGGGCUUGAAAACGCCAAGAUCAACAUUGCCUUGCGAAUCUACUCUAAUAACUAUCACGUCUACGCUGGUCUUGCCAUCACCAAUCCCAAAGCACACGAUCAAACCUUGCAGUAUGCCUCCUCCGUUACUGAGCUUUUGAAGUUAAUUGUAGCUGGCAAGCGGGAACAGCUGAAGGAGCGCCUUUAUGCCGCCAAGGAAUAUGUUUUCAGACGUGUUAAUGAGGAUCCUAGUCACUCGAUGCUUUUGCCGGAUGAGCUUUUGGGUCAGUUUUCUCUCUCAAAAGACGUCACUGGCACCGCCAGAAACCCCAACUCUCAUCUGAGUAUUUUGGGCAUUGUUGACAGUUGGUAUCAACGUAAAAUUGUUCCCUACGACCACAUGAUUUGUUCCACUCCUUUGUUCCGUGUUUUGCUAGGUGUAACAGAGUUCCUUUUCAUGACACCUGGGUUACUCGACCAGUGUAUUGAAGACGCAUUUUCCACCACAAGCUACCGUGGUGACGACAUUGAGUUCGUCAUUGCUGCCAGAUCAUGGUCCACCGUUGUUCGAAAUGGUGACUUCGAAGCUUAUAGAAUCAUGUUCGAGGAUACUCAAAAGUACUUCCAGCACAUGUUCCCCGAAGCUACCAAGUUGGGUAACGAAAUGUUCAAAGCCAUCAAUGAACGACAACUAAAGAAAGCUCUUUAA